AUGCUACAUGCAGCUGGAGAGACAGUGGAGGUACUGGUUUUCCUCGAUGGUGCACCUACACUGUUUCAAAGGGAACAAUCCCGAGAAUACACAAAGAAAACGAUAAAGGAUGGAUCCCUGCGUGACAAUAUCAUGGAAGCCGUCGCUGAUAUGUCGAGGAGUGGAUCGCUCGAUGAUACCGAAGAGAUUCACCAGCAGUUCGCAGAUUACUUCAGCCAUGGUAACCAAGGCCUCAAAUGGGUUGCAAGAUUCUGUCAGGCGUACGUUGCACACAUCUUGUUGGGAGUGCGUGCAAGCAUGGAGGUAGACCAGUUGCGGCGCGACGGGACCUUCCAGUCAUUUGUAUGGCCGGCUCAGCGCACGGUGUUGAUGAAAGCACAUGACGGCGUCAGGACACAAAUUUACGCGCAAGACGCAUCAGACACGUUCGACCUUGAUUUAUGGACGGAAGACAUCGAAGUAUACGGAUUUCCUGGCACGCAUUUCGAGUUUCUCAGUCCGAAUUCCGGUCUGGGUGAAGCAUUGAAUUGCAUACUCUGCAAGUAG